CAUCCAGGGACAGCAGACCCUGUCAAAGUCAAAAAGUUAUUUUUCUAAAAUAAAAUAUUUAUAAAAUUCUUCCGAUAAGCCGUAAUCAUGGUCAUUAAAGUUUAUGUGAGCGGUAUUUCCGGAAACAAAGAGGUCAAAAAACGGCAACAAAGGGUACUGUUAAUCUUGGACUCGAAGAAUGUAACAUACGAGGUGAUAGACAUAGCUGAGCCCGGGGCCGAGGAGGCCAAAGAUUUCAUGCAAAAUAAGUCUACUAGCCCAGGAGCUACCAUAGGUGAUCCUAACCCUAGACAUGCUUUACCACCUCAAAUUUUCAAUGAUGAUGUAUACUGUGGCGAUUACGACAUGUUCGAUAUGGCAAACGAAGUCGACGAGAUGGAGUCGUUUUUGUCACUUGAGCCAAACUCUCUAAAAGAACGAAUUGCGAUAACGAACGAGGCUAAACUUAAAAAUGGCGAUCUUGCAAUCGACGCGAAAAUCGAAAAUGUCGCCAAAAUGGACGACGAAGCGGCCAAAGAAAACGAAGUGCCUAAUGAACAAGACAAGGGAAGUGAAAAGGGCGAAGUCGAAGCGAAAGAAGGAAGUGUCGAGAAGGAAGGUAGCGUAGAAAAGGAGGAAAGCAAAAAGGAAGGUAGCGUGGAAAAGGAAGGUAGCGUGGAGAAGGAAGGUAGCAUUGAGAAGGAAGGUAGUGUGGAAAAGGAAAGCAAAAAGGAAGGUAGUGUGGAUAAGGAGGAAAGCAAGAAGGAAGGAAGCGUGGAAAAGGAGGAAAGCGAAAAGGAAGGUAGCGUGGAAAAGGAGGAAAGCAAAAAAGAAGGUAGUGUGGAGAAGGAUGAAAAGGUGGAAGACCAAUCAGAGGCAAAGGAAGAGACUCGAGUCGAGAAAGAUGAAGAUGAAGACAGUGGUGCAGAGGAUGAUAAUGCAGAUGUCGAUGAAGAUGAAGAUAAGGAAAAAGACGAGAAAGAAGUAUUGGAAAAAGAAUCCUCUCCUGAAAAGUCUGAAUAAAAUCUAAAUAUAUGAAUAUAACGCACUGACAUAAGUUUUAAGAACUGAAACACCAAAUCAUACUGUUACUUUUUUGAAUGUUUUACCUUUGUAAUAAUAAGGAUUUCGUUACAUUUUAAAUAAUAUAUUUAUAUUACUUACUAACGUAAAGAUUAUGCUGAUUUGUAUGUUUUAUUAUUUUGGUUGCCUUUAAUUUAAAAAAAUGGGCAUUGUGAGUAUUUCUUUUCUAGUCUCAAUUAAUAAAAUUUAUUGCUAGUUAAAUGUAAAUGAUACUUCGGUUAUUUAAAAGUGUAACGACUAGUCGAAAAAAUAAUACUGAGUAUAUAUGACUUAUGGAGUAUUGAAAUGUUGAAACCGUACUAGUUUAUGUAUUUCUGUUGAAUACAGAUCACUUUGUAUGAGAAUCAGUAUUACGAUCAACUGUGUACAAUGAGAACAAAAGAUUUUUACUGCUCUCUGAUAAAUUCCUAAAUUUAUUUAUACUAAAAAAAGGGUUGUUUGAUUUUUUAACUUGGUGUUUCUUUUUUUGCCAAAAAUAAUAUUUAUUUUAUUUAUCUCCCUCCUAUUAUUAAUAAAAUCUCAUUACAUAUUAUUUAUUGCUACUGCCUUCUAAAACAUAAGUUACUAUAAAUAUAUGCUUCCUGAUCAAAAUAUUGUUGCAAUUUUAUACAAUAAACUGUUAAAACAUUUUGUUUUUUGUAAAUAUUUAUUGUACUUCUUUUAGGUCGUACCUAUAUCAUUAAAUUAUCUUUCCUUUUCAAUAUUUGUUUUAUUCAUAUAAUCGAACAGAAAAAAUAGCAAAUUCUAUGAAGAAGGGAAAAGAAAAGGGUUAAAUAAGCGAAACAUUACUGAAAACCAAGAAAGCUCCUUUUAUCUCGAAGAAAAAUUUAUUAUGGAAGCCUUUGUUCUUUUUUAUUUUUAUUUUCUAUGGUGUCUAUACAAAGCAUUUUAGGAAACUAGAUACACAAUGAAAAUAUUUAUUAGUCACAUUUUAUUUCGCUAUAUUGCUCGAAUUACGUAAUUAACAAUUUCCAAAGUAACUAUAUUCAGUUCUUGGAAAUGAACAAAACAAAGUAAUCUUGAGAUAAUACAACUAAAAACACAGAAACAAUAGUAUACAUAAAAAAUUAAUGAGUAUUUAAAAAUAACAUAACUAAAAUACACAAUUCCUAACAACAAUAAUAAAAUACAGCAGAUAUAUAAAAAAUUCUAUUUUUUCUGAAACAUACAUAAUCCCCUGGAUUCACCCAAAAAUCAAUAUACAAAAGACAUAGAUAUCAUCACAAUUACAUUCACAGUAGACAACUUACGAUACGAAAUGAAUUCAUUCCGUCAUUUCGAAGAACUUUGUGAUCACCUGUUUUACUGGUUUCAGUUCGCAAUCGUGUUCAAUAGGCUGGAUCGUUUCUCUCAAAUUCUUCCAUUCUCUCAUCUUAAACAUGUAGUAGAUCAUGUUCGAAGAAUCCACCAACUUCGUGUAGAUAUUUAUUAAACCUCUGUAGUCGUAUUCUAGACCACUAUACGUUUCACCAAACAACUUCAAGUUGAUGCUAAUAGAACGUAAAUAGAGCUUCUCAGCGUCUUUGUGGCGCUUCAUGUGGUAGUUGUAAAGGGAAGCUAAAUGUCCGAUACUAAGCCCGACCUACAAUAAAGAUAUAUAAAUAAUCAAAUUUUAUUAAUGUAGGUGAAAUAUUACCUCGUAAUCGUUCUCGCCCAGCAACUCUUCUUUGAUAGCAAUAGCCUUUAGGUGCAUCUUUUCGGCGUCUUCGUACAUUUUCAUACUUUGAAAAAGCCUUCCUAAAUUUCCAUAAUGCUUCGCAGUUUGAACGUUUUUCUCUCCAAAGGCUUUAAAGCACAAAUUUAGCGCAGCGUUGUGUAACGUGUGGGCUUCGUUAAAGUACUGAGAUUGCAAACUAGAAUUGUUUCUUUCAUCUAGGGCUAUUUCUUCGAGAAUCAGGGCUUUUACUCGCUUAACAGAAGCCAAAAGAUGAUGGUCUUCGGGAAGAAUUCGUUCCAUAAUUCUGACGGAUCGUUCAACAUGCUCUCUGAAAAUACAUUAAAAAAAUAACAUUGUUAAAUAUUAUGAUAAAAGCAAAUUUCUUACCUGGCUUCAUAGAAUCUUCCUGAACUGUACUCGUAGACGUACAAGGCGUAUGCUAAAUCUUCGUGGCCCAAAGCCACUCGGAUAUUAUUUUUUUGAAAUACCUCUUUUCUAAUCAGCAAAGCCUUCUCAUACACUUUAACACUCUCUUGUAUCGAAUCGAAAUUCAACAGAUAAAAUCCAUAAUCCAACAACGUGUCUGAAUAGUGAGGAUGAUUAUCUACUUUGUACAAUUCCGAUGCCAUAUUGACAGCUUGAGAGAUCAAUAAACCAGCCGGUGUAAAUUUCCUUUUAACCACACAUGACUUAGAUGCCUGCCGCAGAACUUCGAUCACUAUU